AAGGGAAGUUGAGACCGAGAGGAAGGGAAGUUGAGACCGAGAGGAAGGGAAGUUGAGACCGAGAGGAAGGGAAGUCGAUUAUCAGCACCAUGGCGCUGGAGGGAGUGGCCGAGCUACGUGAUUGGCUGUUCCUGCUGAUGCUCUGCCUGACUCUGUUGGCCGAGGUGCUGGAGGUUGCUGCAGCCACAGGGUACGAUGAGGAGGAAGACUUGGUGUGCCCCUCAGUGUGCCGAUGUGACGAGGACUUCAUCUACUGCAACGACCGGGGCCUGAGCUCUAUCCCCCCUCUGCCCCCCUCUGCCACUGUGCUCUACCUUCAGAACAACCACAUAGACAACGCCGGGCUUCCCACCUCCCUGGAGCGGCACCUAACCGUCCGAGUGGUCUACCUGUACGAUAACGAGCUGGAUGACUUCCCCAUGCACCUGCCCCCUUCCCUCCGGGAGCUGCACCUGCAGGACAACAACAUCCGUACGCUUCCCCGCGCCACCCUGGCCCGCAUGCCACUGCUGGAGAAGCUGCACCUGGACGACAACUCUGUCUCCACCGUCAGCAUCGAAGACAAGGCCUUCGUUGACAACCCGCGGCUGCGUCUGCUCUUCCUGUCUCGCAACCACCUGUCCAGCAUCCCCUCUGGGCUCCCGGCCUCUCUGGAGGAGCUGAGGCUGGACGACAACCGCAUCUCCACCAUCCCCACCCACGCCUUCCGCGGCCUCUCCUCCCUGCGACGUCUCGUCCUGGACGGAAACCUCCUGGCCAAUCAGCGCAUCGCAGACGACACCUUCUCCCGCCUCUCCAACCUGACGGAGCUUUCCCUGGUGCGUAACUCCCUCCUGACCCCGCCACUCAACCUGCCCAGCACCCACUUGCAACGUCUCUCCCUGCAGGACAAUGCUCUGAUCCACAUGCCCCGUGGCUCCUUGGACGGCAUGAGGAGGCUCCAGAGACUAGACCUGUCUGGCAACAACCUGACCACCCUGCCUCGGGGCCUGUUCAAAGACCUGGACAGCCUGGGACAACUGCUGGUGCGGGGGAAUCCCUGGCACUGUGGCUGUAACCUGCGCUGGCUACAUGACUGGCUGCACGCUAGGGGUAACUCCAUCACGGUGAGGGGCCUUACCUGCCAGGCACCAGAAAAGGUUAGAGACAUGACCCUCAAGGACCUGACCAGCCAGAUGGAGGAGUGUGAAGUCACAGGGGUAGUGCCUGCCGGGGCCGGGGCUGGAGCCACAGGCAGUGGGACCAGAGACAGAGUGGGUGGAGUAGGAGGAGUUGUCGCUAGCUCCACCACCCUUUCCCCUCCACAGGGCUCCCUCUUCACCCUGCGCUCCAAGCGGCCCGGCCUGGGGCUACCAGACUCUGGUCUAGACUACACCCUGGGUAGCAGUGGAGUGGGUAAGAGCCUGGCCCUGAAUGUCAAGCCCCUGGCCCACGACAGCAUUCGUGUCACCUGGAGUGUGGCCCAGCCCACCUCCUCCUUCAGACUCAGCUGGCUGCGGCUGGGCACCAGCGCUGCCAUGGGCUCCAUCACAGAGACCCUGGUGAGAGGAGACCGCAGAGAGUACCUGCUCACCUCCCUGCACCCCCACUCCAGCUACAUCAUCUGCAUGGUGCCCCUGGCGGCCAGCUCCGGGGGUAAAGGAGCCAUGGCAGGCGGAGACACUGACUCAGAUGAAGCUCCAGUGUGCGCUAAAGCUGAGACGUCAGACCCCAGUCAGCCAGAUGUGGGCCAGGAGGACAACCAGGACCCUGAACACAUGGCUACUCUGCCUCUGGCUGGGAUCAUUGGUGGAGCUACUGUCAUUGUUUCUCUGGCCCUCAUAUUCGCCAUCUUCUGCUGGUACGGGCAUCGGGCCGGACGCCUGUCUUCUCGUGAUCAAUACAGCCGUGGCAGCUCCAGAAAGAGCAAGCACUACGAUGACUACAUUGAGUCAGGCACAAAGAAGGACACCACCAUCCUGGAGAUCCGAGGCCCAGGGUUCCAGAUGACGCCCAUGGUUACCCACCAGCCGCCCAAGCCCCUCCGGGAGGAUUACAUCAUCCACACUAUAUUCCCCUCCAAUGGCACCGGCCUCUACAAAGGUGCCCACCAAGUGUCCAAUGCAGGGUAUGGCACCAACCGUGGCUAUAGAGAAAGAGGGAUCCCAGAUAUAGACUACUGUUACACGUGAUAGACCUGGCCCGUUCCACACUGUUCUAGAUGUACUGUAUGGAUACUGUAUUUUGUCCGCAUGGGUUCUUCUGAAGAACCACUCUGUGCCUUCCUCUUCUAGUCUCCCAUUCCAGCUAAGCCAGCUGUUCACUGCACUGACACUAUUUGAAUAAUUGGCUGGGAUGCCUGCAGGAAACAGCUAGCUGGUACACAGCAGCAGGAGCGAACCAACGGCCCAUUACAGGUGUUGAUACAGACUGCUUCUUCACACCCUUAGUAAUGAUCAGUGGAUGUUUUCCAUCACUGCUCCCUCUCUCAGUGAGACAAGUGAGAAGAAUGUGCAAUCUGUGUUGAAACUGCAGGAUAUUUUCACUUACAGUACAGUUCCAUUCCAGGGCUUAUGUUUGGCAAGCCACAUGAGACACCAAGAUAUAAGGUUAAAAAGUCCUGAAAGGGUCAGAGAGACAAACUUCUUAGAUACGCAUCACUUGCCCACUGGCCAUAUUUUGCCCUCUUGUCUCAUCCGUUUAAAUGCCUCAACUAUCCUGAUGUGCCCAGUUUGUCCUAUCAGUUACCUGAAGACAAGGCUCUGUAAAGCUGUGAAUAGUUCUCUUUCAAACAGCCCACAUAACCGCUUGUCUUAAAGCAGACUAGUUGUGGCCUGAUCCAGUGGUUCCACAGGGUGAGGGUCUUGUCAGGGGUGAGGGUCUUGUCAGGGGUGAGGGUCCUUGAUGAUAUCCUUGAUGACUUUCGCAAGGUUCUAUAACGGAACAAUGCAUUGAAUUCAAUGCAGCCCAGGCUUGUAGACACUUUACUUAGAUAGACAUCCACUGGACUGUGUUUGGAGAAGUCAUUGUUCCCUGCUUGUUUCUCUGAUCAGUCCCUCACUGCUACCCUUAUUUAUUGGUUUUGUUUUUUGUGAUUUUUUUGGUGGGGGGGGAUGACUCACACUGGACCUUGACUUUUGUGAUGGGGAAGUUACUCCUUUCUUUUUUUGAGCAAGAAGAAGAUACAAAACACCUCCUGAGGUCCAACUGAUGGUUAACAUUUUCUUGACUGCACCAGCUUGAAUGUUUAUGUACACCUCUUUUUAAUUAAACUAUCUGAA